AUGAGUACGAUCCACGUAAAUUCUUCGGCAGAGUUUCAGAAGCUCUUGUCGAGCUCUCGAAUUGUCGUCGCCGACUUCUACGCCGACUGGUGUGGCCCCUGCAAGGCUAUCGCCCCUCUGUACGAGCAGCUCUCAUCCUCCCUUUCUCGCAAAGAUGUCGUCACCUUCGUCAAGAUUGAUGUCGAAGCCAACAAGGAUAUCGCCUCCGCAUACAGUGUUACCUCGCUCCCCACCUUCAUGGUGUUCCGGGAAGGCAAAACUCUUGAGAAGGUCCAGGGUGCCGAUCCCCGGAAGCUUCAGGAGGUCGUCAAGAAGUUGGUGAAGGAGGUUACUGAAGGCGGUUCCUCCUCUGGAUCCGGUGAGGGCUCCGGCAGCUCGAGCGGAGGUAGCUGGAGAGGCGCGGCGCUUCCUCGUGGCUACGGAGAUAUUACGGACCAGAUUGAGACCAAGGGCUGCGAGCUUCUCAACGCCGACGAGGAUUUCGGCCCCGUCCGCGUCUUGUUCGAUACAUCCAAGCCCAGCGCGCUAGCCAAGAAGGAGGGAGCCAAGGACUGGGUGGAGAGUGGUGCCGAUGAUCAGCUUCUGCUGUUCAUGCCCUUUCAGUCCAUGCUGAAGCUGCACACUCUUCAGCUUACCUCUCUUCCUCCUACCGAUGCUGAAGACGAUGACGACGAGGUGCCAAUGCGCCCUGGCACCAUCCAUCUCUACACAAACAAGCCCCACAACCUCGACUUCAGCGAGGCCGAUGAUACCCCUCCUACGCAAGCCAUCACCCUCACCAAAAAGGAUUGGAACGCCGAUGGCACUGCCAAUAUCGGUCUCCGGUUUGUCAAGUUUCAGAACAUUACAAGCUUGAUUAUCUACGUCGUCAAGGGCGAUGGUGAUGGCGAGAAGGUCCGUCUCGACAGAGUGCGUCUUAUUGGCGAGUCGGGCGAGAAGAGAGAGAUGGGCAAGCUGGAGAAGAUUGGAGAUGAGGCUGGCGAGUAG